AUGUCUGACACUAUCGUCUCUUACGCCGCUUUGAUUUUGGCCGAUGCUGGUCUAGAGGUCUCUGCUGACAACUUGCUAUCGUUGUCUAAGGCAGCUGGUGCUUCCGUUGACAACGUCUGGGCUGAAGUUUACGCUAAGGCUCUUGAAGGUAAGGAUUUGAAGGAAAUUCUUUCCGGUUUCCACACCGCUGGUCCUGCUGUUGGUGCUCCUGCUGCUGCUGGUGGUGAGGCUGCUGGUGGUGAGGCUGCUGAAGAAAAACCACAAGAAGAAGAAGAAGAAUCCGACGAUGACAUGGGUAUGGGUCUAUUCGACUAA